UCUUUGAGAGAAUUGAAAAUCAAGGAAUCGGUUCCGAAGGAGUUCAAGCGUCCAAUGUCCGGAGAGAUCAUGGGUGACCCUGUUGUGGUGGCCUCUGGCCAGGAAUCAUAUUCUUGGUUCAAUUGGUUAUUAAAGAUCGCCAACGGCAUCAAAGGUUUCAUCGAUGCCGCAACGAUCGCUUCCCCGGACCGAGGCUAUCUCGAUUCGCUCCUCGACAACAUGAUGUCCUCUUCGCUUUCGGAUCAGAAGAGUUCUGCCGAGACCCUCCGGUGGCUCACAGACGAGUACCCCCCGUAUCGGGACCUUCUCGGCAACAACGACGAGGCUCUUUCCAAAUUGCUCCAGCCACUUGCUGUUCCCCGAAAUGCUUGCCUCGAUCUCCAUCUCCAAGGAGAUAUAAUCACCACGGUUUUAAACAUCUCGCUGCCCGAAGGGAACAAGAAAGUGGUGGCAGAAAAUCCGCGUGUGAUCCCCUUGCUUAUCGAUUGCUUGAGAACCGGUACCACCAUGACGAAGAGGAAUACUGCUGCAGCACUUUCCAAGUUAUCAGAGUUCCAUUCGAACAGGACCCUCAUCGUUGAAUCCGGUGCUCUCGGGCCUUUGAUUCGUCUGGUAGGAGAAGGGAACCCGGAAACCAUGGCCAAUGGUUUAUGGUUGUGCAGCAAUGUACAUGCUUUGCCGCGGUCCAAUCACCGAUACGUAUGGAGAAAAAGCUGUCAGCGACUACGCAGUGAGGGCGGUUUUGAGGAAGUCAUGGACGGCGCUUUCCUUGAUUUGUUACCUAGGAGUAGUCUUUUUCUGCUCCAAGAAGUACGAUAGAUCAAUCUGAGGUUUGUUUCAAUGUAAAAUGGUCACAUGGAAUCGUACAGAUAUUGCAUAGGUAUAGCCUGCAAUACCAGGCAGGUUUUUGGUCUAUCAUGUUAGGCUUAUGGAUUACCAAAAAGGGUAUUGAUUUUCGUCCCAUCAUCUUCAUGGAUGGUACAUUACUUUUGUGGUGAGAUUGCUUGCUUUGUGUUCAUCAUCAUGUAAGCGAAAGCAAGAACGAGAGCGUGAAAAUGCCUUUCAAAAACGUUUAGACUGCUAAAAUUUGCGACAGCGAGAAUUGAUGGCAUGGGCGUAGAUCGAGAAAUGAGAGCGGGAGCGGAGAUUCCCGACAUAAGAAUACGUGACCUAGGUCCUCUUGGUUUCACAUACUCUCUCUUUUCUUCCUACUAGCUACAAGUUGGUUUUGUAUUAAUUGCCAACCCUGAAAUAUUGGUUGGGUUCAGAUUUGAUGACCAAAUCUAGACCCUAGAGUGUGCCUUAAAAUCAACAAAU